AUGUCCUCGCACGAUAGCGCUCACAUACGAAGGCAAAUAGGAGCUCUCAAACGACAACUCCAACGCCAUGUUUCCACUGUUGCGAGUCUCCUUCAAGAGUACAAUGUUGAACCUACUACGUGCAAACUCGACCAUUGCGAUGAGGACGAGCUACAAUCGCUACGCGACAACUGGACCGUGUUGCAGCAGUCUGAUGCGAACGAAAAAAGGAUCUUCGAAGACUAUAUCGGAAAAUACGGAGAUUACCGAGGAAUUAUCGCUGACACAGUCACUCAUUUGGAGCAAUGCGAUGAACUCUUGAAUUUUAUCGAUAAGAGGUAUGCUCGGCAAAAACUCAAUCCACCAUCAGAUUCCUCUGAUGCUUCUCGGGACAACCACGAUACUCAUCGACAGCCACGAAGUCACGAAAUAAGAAAAACCGCAACACUGCAUUCGAUUGCAAACUCGUAUCACCGUCAUCCAAUCGCUGCGACGGAUUCUACUCUUCUGAACUUCGUUGACGCUUCCAUUCUUACCAAAUUGGAACUUCCCACGUUUGACGGAAAUUGUUGGAUUACCCUGAAUUUAGAUCUCGCUUUGAUACUUUGGUUGUCUCAGCUGGAUGACACGAGGUAUGCUCGGCAAAAACUCAACCCACCAUCAGAUUCCUCUGAAGCUUCUCGGGACAACCACGAUACUCAUCGACAGCCACGAAGUCACGAAAUAAGAAGAAACCGCAACACUGCAUUCGAUUGCAAACUCGUAUCACCGUCAUCCAAUCGCUGCGACGGAUUCUACUCUUCUGAACUUCAUUGA